ACUGAGGUUACCAGGCAGGGGUAGCACCUGUCCAGUGGUAAAGCUCCUAGGAGGGCUACCCAGCCUAGUCCAUAAAAGCAUCUCCCACCUGAAAGGAUCUGGAAAUACUUCGGUCCCUGACCCUAAUCUGGCUGUCUAGACCCAUAGGCCUAGCUGCUGGCAGUGCCCCCUCUACACGCAGUGCUGCCUCUACAGCUGCCAAUUUGGGCAGCCUGGCCCCUGAGCCUCAGCCCAGAACUUACUGCUCUGCUCCCAUACCUACCACAUAGAUUCCCAGCCCCUACCACACCCGCUAACCCCUGCCAUUCACUCCCUACCCUCCCAGUCUCUAACCGAUUUUUCCAGCUCAACUAUUGUCCCUUGGAGACUCUUAAAGCAAGCAGAAGGCAGCCCCUGCCUAGCCAAUAAGCCUAUCCCCACUGGUUUUAGUGGAGGCAAGAGCAAUCAAAUAAAGCCAUGGUCUGAGAAGCCAGACCCCUUCCUACCUCCCCUUUGUGAGGUCUGUCUAACCUGGUAAGGAAGAGCCAGGAAACUACAUCAUGGUUAGAAAUUCUGUCUGACUCUUCUCCAGCUGCAGUCCUUUAUAUCCCAAUUAUACAAACUCUGUUGCUGCAGAUAAUUGAGAAAUGAGAUUUCCACACUCACGGGUCUUCUGGAGCCCUCUCCACCUUGCCUUCACCGCCCCCACUUCCGAACACCCCGCCCUUGCCUCUCCCUGACUGCUUUUACAACCUGCAGGUGUUUGGUGGAAGAUAAAAGUGGUUCCUGGGGUGAGAUUUUACCUCCUAGAAUUAACUAAGGUUUCUCUUGAUGUGCUCACUGUGGGUGGCAGUAAUUAUAAAAAAUGAUUUGAAAUACUGGUUUCUACAUCAGAAAUCUGAAGUCUCUCAGGUUCAUUUGAGUAAUCUUGCAUGAAUCUUAGUGUUGUUCUCAUUGAACUCGUGAGAGACUGACUAGAUGAACAUUCCUGCCCUGGAAGAUCUCCACCUCCACCAGCCCUCUUGGGAGCUCCAGAGCUCCACAUUCUUCCCACGGAUCAGGACAAGGUUCCUGAAACUUUGCCCUAAUCAUACAGGAGCUGAAAUGGCCCAGCAGAAGUGACUUAAACCAAUAGGACUACAGCAGAGGUGGGAAUAAAGAGCUGAGGUGGUGCCGGAAUGGUCCCUUUUGGAACUGAAAUUAAAUUUGUGCGACCCAACUAAUGCUGGAGACCGUCCUGGGCAAGGGCUACAGAAGCCUCCUCCGCACUGCGGUCGCCACCUCGAGCAGCGCUGGGUGUCAUGGGCCGGUAGCUCUGCGGACACACGGGACUCGCUCCGGCCGCUGCGCCCCGGACCCGCACCGCCUUGCACUCCUCGGGAUCACGGCCACUGCGGCACGCCCGCAACCGAUCUCACCCACGCGCGCGCCUAAGUGGCCCCACUGAAUCCCGACGCGGGGUCCCGCGAUACAGGGGUCCCGCGAUACAGCCUAUGGGGUCUCCCAGAUAACGCGGGUUGGGGGUGCCUAUGCCCCCCAUCCCCGCCAGCAUGGCUCGGUCGCCGCCCCUAGGGGAGCUGCCCCCAGACUACACACCUCCGGCUCGAGCUGCAGCACCCCAGAUCCUAACUGGGAGCCUGAAGGCUCCGCUCUGGCUUCGUGCGUACUUCCAGGGCCUGCUCUUCUCUCUGGGCUGCGGGAUCCAGAGACACUGUGGCAAAGUGUUCUUCCUGGGACUGUUGGCCUUUGGGGCCCUGGCACUGGGUCUCCGCGUGGCCAUCAUUGAGACAGACCUAGAACAGCUCUGGGUGGAAGUGGGCAGCCAGGUGAGCCAGGAGCUGCAUUACACCAAGGAGAAGCUGGGAGAGGAAGCUGCAUACACCUCCCAGAUGUUGAUACAGACCCCACGCCAGGAGGGGGAGAACAUCCUCACACCUGAAGCACUUGACCUCCACCUCCAGGCAGCCCUCACCGCCAGUAAAGUGCAAGUAUCACUCUAUGGAAAGUCCUGGGAUUUGAACAAAAUCUGCUACAAAUCAGGAGUUCCCCUAAUUGAAAAUGGAAUGAUCGAGCGGAUGAUUGAGAAGCUGUUCCCAUGUGUGAUCCUCACCCCCCUCGACUGCUUCUGGGAGGGAGCCAAACUCCAAGGGGGCUCUGCCUACUUGCCCGGCCGUCCUGACAUCCAAUGGACCAACCUGGAUCCGGAGCAGCUGCUGGAGGAGCUAGGCCCAUUUACCUCCCUCGAGGGCUUCCGGGAGCUGCUAGACAAGGCACAGGUGGGCCAGGCCUACGUGGGGCGGCCCUGUCUGAACCCUGACGACCUUCACUGCCCUCCUAGUGCCCCUAACCAUCACAGCAGACAGGCUCCCGAUGUGGCUCAGGAGUUGAGCGGGGGCUGCCACGGCUUCUCGCACAAGUUCAUGCACUGGCAGGAGGAAUUGCUGCUGGGAGGCAUGGCCAGAGACCCCCAAGGACAGCUGCUGAGGGCAGAGGCCCUGCAGAGCACCUCCCUGCUGAUGAGCCCCCGCCAGCUGUAUGAGCACUUCCGGGGUGACUACCAGACGCAUGACAUCGGCUGGAGUGAGGAGCAGGCUGGCACAGUGCUGCAGGCCUGGCAGCGGCGUUUUGUGCAGCUGGCCCAGGAGGCCCUGCCUGAGAAUGCAUCCCAGCAGAUCCACGCUUUCUCCUCCACCACUCUGGAUGACAUCCUGCACGCUUUCUCUGAAGUCAGUGCUGCCCGUGUGGUGGGAGGCUAUCUGCUCAUGCUGACCUACGCCUGUGUGACAAUGCUGCGGUGGGACUGUGCCCAGUCCCAGGGUACUGUGGGCCUUGCCGGGGUGCUGCUGGUGGCCCUGGCAGUGGCCUCAGGCCUUGGGCUCUGUGCCCUGCUCGGCAUCGCCUUCAAUGCUGCCACUACCCAGGUGCUGCCCUUCUUGACACUGGGCAUCGGCGUGGAUGACAUAUUCCUGCUGGCACAUGCCUUCACAGAGGCUCCACCUGGCACCCCUCUCCAGGAGCGCAUGGGCGAGUGUCUGCAGCGCACAGGUACCAGUGUCACACUCACAUCCAUCAACAACAUGGUCGCCUUCUUCAUGGCCGCUCUAGUUCCCAUCCCUGCACUGCGGGCCUUCUCCUUGCAGGCGGCCAUAGUGGUUGGCUGUAACUUUGCAGCUGUGAUGCUUGUCUUCCCAGCGAUCCUCAGCCUGGACCUGUACCGGCGCCACUGCCAGCGCCUUGAUGUGCUCUGCUGCUUCUCUAGCCCCUGUUCUGCUAGAGUGAUUCAGAUUCUGCCCCAGGAGCUGGCGGAUAGCACAGUACCAGUGAGCAUUGCCCACCUGACUGCCACGGUUCAAGCCUUUGCCCACUGCGAAGCCAGCAGCCAACAUGUGGUCACCAUCCUGCCUCCCCAAGCCUGUCUGGUGCCCCCACCUUCUGACGCAUUGGGCUCUGAGCUCUUCAGCCCAGGAGGGUCCACACGAGACCUUCUGAGCCAGGAGGAGGGGACAAGGCAGAAGGCAGCCUGCAAGUCCCUGCCCUGUGCCCGCUGGAAUCUUGCCCAUUUUGUCCGCCAUCAGUUUGCGCCCUUGCUGCUCCAGUCACAGGCCAAGGCUGUGGUGCUGGUGCUCUUUGGGGCUCUUCUGGGCCUGAGCCUCUAUGGAGCGACCUUGGUGCAAGACGGGCUGGCCAUGACAGAUGUGGUGCCUCGGGGCACCAAGGAGCAUGGUUUCCUGAGCGCCCAGCUCAGGUACUUCUCCCUCUACGAGGUGGCCUUGGUGACACAGGGUGGCUUUGACUACGCCCACUCCCAACGAGCCCUCUUUGAUCUGCACCAGCGCUUCAGUUCCCUCAAGGCUGUGCUGCCCCCACCUGCUACCCAGACACCCCGCACCUGGCUACACUAUUACCGGAACUGGCUACAGGGAAUCCAGGCUGCAUUUGACCAGGACUGGGCUUCCGGGCACAUUACCCACCACUCAUAUCGCAAUGGCUCUGAGGACGGUGCCCUGGCCUACAAGCUGCUCAUCCAGACCGGCGAUGCCCAGGAGCCUCUGGAUUUCAGCCAGCUGACCACGAGGAAGCUGGUGGACAAGGAGGGGCUGAUCCCACCCGAGCUCUUCUAUGUGGGGCUGACUGUGUGGGUGAGCAGUGACCCCCUGGGUCUGGCAGCCUCGCAGGCCAACUUCUACCCUCCGCCUCCCGAGUGGCUGCACGACAAGUAUGACACCACCGGGGAGAACCUCCGCAUCCCGGCGGCCCAGCCCCUGGAGUUUGCCCAGUUCCCCUUCCUACUGCACGGCCUCCAGAAGACUGCAGACUUCGUGGAGGCCAUCGAGGGGGCCCGGGCAGCGUGCGCUGAGGCAGGCCGGGCUGGAGUGCGUGCCUACCCCAGUGGCUCCCCCUUCCUCUUCUGGGAGCAGUAUCUGGGCCUACGGCGCUGCUUCCUGCUGGCUGUCUGCAUCCUGCUGGUAUGCACUUUCCUCGUCUGUGCCCUGCUGCUGCUCAACCCCUGGACGGCUGGCCUAAUUGUACUGGUCCUGGCAAUGAUGACUGUGGAGCUCUUUGGCAUCAUGGGUUUCCUGGGCAUCAAGCUGAGUGCCAUCCCCGUGGUGAUCCUUGUGGCCUCUGUGGGCAUUGGUGUCGAGUUCACGGUCCAUGUGGCUCUGGCCUUCCUGACCAGCCAGGGUAGCCGGAACCUGCGUGCCGCCCAGGCCCUAGAGCACACAUUUGCCCCAGUGAAGGAUGGGGGCAUCUCCACAUUGCUGGGUCUGCUCAUGCUUGUUGGUUCCAACUUUGACUUCAUCAUAAGGUACUUCUUUGUGGUGCUGACAGUGCUCACACUCCUCGGCCUCCUCCAUGGGCUGGUGCUGCUGCCUGUGCUGCUGUCCAUCCUGGGUCCCCCACCAGAGGUGAUACAGAUGUACAAGGAGAGUGCCGAGGUCUUGAGUCCCCCAGCUCCACGGGCAGGAGAGCUCAGGUGGGGGGUGUCCUCCACCCUGCCCCAGAGCUUUGCCAGAGUGACUACCUCCAUGACUGUGGCCCUCCACCCGCCCCCACUGCCUGGUGCUUACAUCCACCCAGCCUCUGAUGAGCCCACUUGGUCCCCUGAUGCCACACCAACUGCUAACGGCUCCAGCAACCUCACUUCUAGGGGACCAUGUCUAGCCACUGAGUGAAAGAGCAGUUGAAGCAUGGAGACCCUGCUUGGGCCACAUGAAGUCACUGAGAAGCAAUGGGUGGGUUACUGGAUACGGGACAGGCCCCUGAAGAGCUCUGCUGCUGCUGCUGUCUGCCUGCAUCCCCUCCCCUCACUUGGCCCUCAUGGACCUCCCUAACACCUAUACAAAACUACCACCCUCCAGGCUGUGAGCACCCUUGCAUACCUGGAUCCUCUGUGCCUGUGCCUGUCUGGGUGGGAGUAAAAGCCAGCACUUCAGACUGCAGUGCAGCCCUGUUCUCACCUCCCCACCCCACACUGCUGCCCCCAGCAGACCAAGCCUAAGGGAUCCCCUAGUACCCCUUGCCAGUCCUGGCCCCCCAUUGUUUGGUGACUCUAUUCCCUGUCCAUCUCCUAUCACAUAAAUUAUUUAUAUAAAGAUGUUUAUUUUUGUAGUUUGUAUAGAUGUUAGCUAUACUGAAAGUUUUAUUUUUAAAGAGUGAAAUAUAUUCUAUAUGAACUCAUCUCAGAUGACUUUGGUGUUUUUCUUUCGGACAGAGCUGGGAGUUUGCCUAUAGAUGUAUGAGGGCCCAAGGUCCUGGGGCUACUCGUCCUGAGUGAGAAAGGCCCCAGGUUCUGAAUUUUUGUCACACAACUUUGGUCUAUUUAUUCACCUGGAAGUGAAGAUGACGUUCAGCAAAUAUAUGUUGGUCACAUACUUGGUGACAGUCUGGGUUAAGUGCUUAGUAUACAAAUGUUUUUGGUUUCAAACCCUACUGUGUGGCUUUCAGAGACAUCAUAAUCCAGCCCUGUGCACCUCACCAAACUCAUCACCCAUCUUCCUGAUUCAGCAGCAUGGGGGGCAUGGAUGGAGGGGCACAGCCGUGCAACAGGUGGGAAGUAAAGUGGAAACAGAUUGGGAAAGUGGCCAAUUGAAGAAGAGAUGGGACAGUAGGGUCUUGGAGAUAUUUUAGGAUUUUGUGCCCAGACCAACCUCCAAGGCAGAGGCCUCUGCAAGUCAGCAGUCAGCCUGGCGCUCCAGAGGCACCUUUGGGGAAACUGUCCAGAAACUGAGAUUAUGCUAGCAAUCAGUGAGGCACUGUAUUUAAGGUGUUCUGUGAAGGUUGAACAGUCCCACCGCACAGAGGCCUUGAAGACUCUGGCCACACCCCCAGGGCUAGAGUACAGCACCUCACUGAAUAGGGUAGAGGUGUCUUUUAUUGCCCUUCCCCAACUAUCCCAGGGCUCGGCCUCAACCAACACACAUACACACCCUGGUUCCAGGCACCCACUCACCAAGAAUGAUCCCACCCUGAGAGCACUACCUUCUCACACCUCACCCACCAUGCCAAAGGCCAAAUAAUCAUGUUGUGACCAAAAGUGAAAAAAAUAAAUAAGCCUAAUGCAGCUGAAUCAACACUAAAAUGGGUAGUUGGCUUGGAACCCAGAGUAGGGGGUGCAUCCAACACGUCCAAGGGAUGGAGGCUGGAUUUGGGUCCAGUAGUGUUUGGGUCACUAGGAGGAGCUUUUGGGUGGAGGAAGAGAACUCAUCAGGCUGGAAUAGUGCAAAAGCUGUCAACCCACUGUGCCACUUACCAGCUGAGUGACCUGGGAAAGUUAACUAACCUCACUUAGCCUCAGUGUCUUCCUCUGUGAAAUGGGAAAAUUAGAGCCUAUCUUGUAGGGUGCUUUUUCUUUCAGCAUUUUAAAUAAAAUCAUUUAUGUAAGAAAUGACCUGGCACCUCAUAAGUGCGCUCUAUUUUUGUACUUUGUAUAGAUGUUAGCUUUGCUCAAAGUUUUUGCUCUGAUUGCACGCUUAGGGGUAAACCCUGAAACACAGAAGAGUGUCCUGGUAUGGCAGCAGCUGAAGGGAUUCCACCCAGUUGUAGUUGUCCCAGCACUUGCAGGGUAGUGCACCCUGUGUGGCACCUCACACUACUCAGCCCUCUGACUUCAACAGCCUUUCAUGGCUCCCUAUCACUGACAAGAUAAAAUCCAAGCCCUUUCCAGGCCUAACUCCAGCUAGCCUCAGCCAUCACUCCAGCUCUCCCAGACAGUACCCAACCAGACACACCCUCACGCAGACACACCACACUCUACACAAGCUGAAUUACUUUAAGCGUUCACCUCUCAUAAUUUUGCAUAUGCCAUUCCCUCUGCCUAAAAUACUGUUCCACCUUCCCUUGACAAAAUCAUCCUUCAAGAUAAAUUGGAUGCCAUCUCCUCUAGGAGGGAUGGUGAUGUGCUUUCUACGUGGUCCCACGAUCCGUGAGUAUCUGUGCUUGCCUGUCUCUGCUUCUGUCCCUAGAAGAGGGGAGACCCUGCCGGUAUGGAAUGGCAGGACUGAACCACAACAAUUGGAAACUAAAACCUAAUCCCAGCCCCGGAAGGAACUCCACACCCGGC